AUGGACGCUGAUCACCAAGAGGACAAACACGGCGCAAUUAUCACCCGACUCAUCGCCGCUCAGUGGCAGACGGGAGCACUGGAUCAGACAGCCAUCAGAGAAGCGGACCACUUUCAUACAUUUUCAACGCGUCGUGAGGAAACCCUUUGGAAGUUCCAGGUCCACAGUACCACGACCUCAACCACCAGGAUUGACAAGGCUGUUGUUCAUUCUGCCCCUUUGGGAUAUGGGCCGCCCUUCCAAUUGGCGCAUAAUGGUCUCCUGCGCCAUCUCUGCGGGUGCACGUGGCUGAUCUUUGAGAAGGUCGUGUUUCAAGGACCCUGGAUCUUGGGACGCAAGUUUGGUCUACGUGUGCAUCACGGUGUUGAUGGCAAAGGUGAGGUGGCUGCCUGGUAUUACAACAGGUCGACACCAAGCUCCCCGCUCCGAGCCGGGACAGGAUGCCAAACCCCGGAUAAGUUUGCCAAUGCACACGCCAUCCCACAAGGACAGCCGCCCACUCAAGUCCGCACUGGGAAAUCCCACAAAACAGAAAGAGCAAAACCGCAAUGUUCGCAGGGUCCCAACCUAGAAAUGGCCGUGAGGGCGGAUUCAUUAACUCUCUUUGCACAAGUAUUCCCCAAAGUUGCCUUUGCGGGCAAGAAGUCUGAGAUCGGACAAUACAUCCCAACCAAGUUGUCGUUAUGGGAACGGAAACAGUCGAAGCUACGGGGUUAA